AUGUGCUCUAUUGUGUCUAAACCUGCGGUAAUACGAGUUUACUGGAAAAAGACUUUGGUUGGAACAACAAUAGAGAUUGAUGUCAUUAAUAGUGGCGGGAAAUAUUCUGGUUCCACGAUUUCUACUCCAUCUCUGACUAUCAUCAAUGCUGGUUCAACCGAUGAAGCAAACUACACAUGUUAUGCCACAAAUUGUGUUGGAACUGGACAGAGUUCAUCUAUAUCAUUAACUGUUGUCGGUCAUAAACCAACUGUUACAAUACAACAAAGGAUAGUCUAUGUCAACUAUGGUAUAACUGCAGUUCUGGUGUGUACCGUCAAUGCAAACCCUGCUCAUACAAUCGUGUACUGGCAAAAGAUAAAGAAUGGCGUUACCACAGAUAUAAAUGUAGCUAACAGUUACAACAAGUACAGUGGUUCCACAGUCAGUAACCCGUCUCUACAUAUAAAUAACGUUGAUCUAAACGAUGAAGCAUACUAUGUUUGCUAUGCUUCAAAUAUUGUUGGAACUGGAGAAAGCACACAGACAUUUUUAGAUGUGACUGGGGAUAUACCUGUGGUUAUCAUAUCGUCAAACAUUUACUCGGUUUUACUAAGCGGCACUAUAACGUUGCAAUGUACAGUUUACUCUAACCCAGCUCAUACAUCAGUCACGUGGCAAAGGAUCGUUAACGGUGUACUCACAACAGUAACAGUUGUUGAUGGAUCCAGAAUGAUUGGUAGCACUGUCAGUUCACCAUCUCUUACUAUCAGUAAUGCUGUAUCUGGUGACGAAGGAAAUUAUAUCUGCACUGCAACCAAUGUUGUUGGAACCGGAACCAGUCAACAGACAUUCUUAGACGUCGCAGGAGGUAUUCCUACAGUCACAGUCGCUCAAAAUCAGUAUUCAGCUAUCCACAGGCAAACUAUAACAAUGAUAUGUACAGUGCAAGCUAAUCCAAUGGAAACCAGUGUUAACUGGAUAAAAAUUGUAAAUGGAAAUACAACAAUUGUUAAUAUGAACAAUGUGCGGUAUUCAGGUUCGACUGUAAUUUCACCCUCACUAACCAUCGCUGCAUUGGAGUUAUCUGAUCAAGGACACUAUCAAUGUUCUGCAGAGAAUCACGUGGGUACUGGAUAUAGUCAACAAACACAUUUGGAUGUAAUUGGAGAUGUUCCAUCUGUACAAAUUUUGUCCACCACCUAUUCAGUGUUUUUUGGAGGAACAAUUGACCUUGGUUGUCAUGUUAUUGCCAAUCCAUUGGCCACUAACGUUUAUUGGCAGAAGAUUUUAAAUGGUGUUUUUAUAACUGUUGAUAUGAGUACAAAUAACUUUAACAAAUACAGUGGAUCUACAGUACAAUCUCCAUCUCUAACUAUCAUUAGUACUACGGAGGCAGAUCAAGGAAACUACGUUUGUUCUGCUUCAAACUCAGCCGGAACAGGUUCCAGUAGUCAGACGUUUUUGAAUGUUGUAGACAAUCUACCCACAGUAAGUAUACCUCGGAGUACUUACAGUGUAAAUGUUGGUAGUCAAAUUACUAUUCCUUGUACCGUGUCAGCUAAUCCUACAGAGACCCAUAUCUACUGGACCGUGGCAGUCGGUAACAACGCCGAACAGACCAUUUCUAUGACGAAUACCCAGAAGUAUCAAGGAUCUUCUGUAAACUCACCAUCAUUGAUCAUUCUCAGUACGACUCAGAGUGACUUUGGUGUUUACAGAUGUCAUGCUACAAAUAAUGUUGGUACUGGACACAGUAAUCCGACCAUACUUAAUGUUGUGGGAAAUAUACCAACAGUGAUGGUUGGACAACCCAUUUACCUUGUUAAUUACGGACAGUCUGUGCAGCUAGUAUGUAGUGUUACUUCCACGCCCACUCACACACAGGUUUACUGGACUAGAAUCCAGAACGGACUGCCAGUGACCAUUUCUUUGACAAACACAGCUAGAUAUAGCGGUUCUACCGUCAAUAAUCCAUCUCUCACUAUCAGUAACGUUGAUCAAAAUGAUGAAACUUAUUAUAUGUGUUAUGCAACAAAUACAGUUGGAACUGGACAGAGUCAACAGAUCUAUGUAGAUGUUAUCGGAAGUCCACCUGAAGUUUCUAUUCAGUCCAAUAGUUACAACGUACUACUUGAACAGACAGUUACCCUUGUCUGCACAAUAUCUGCUGACCCAAAUGCUACUAGUGUACGGUGGUAUAAAGUGAUAAAUGGUGUACAAUCUUCUCUUUUCAUCACUGUCGGGAAAUAUAAUACGCCAACUGUCAGCAGUCCUAAUCUAAUUGUCAACACUGCUGCUCAGAGUGAUGAGGGCUACUAUGUCUGUACAGCAACCAACAUUGUCGGAACUGGAACUUCAUCUCAGACAUAUUUGACUGUUACAGGAAAUUUGCCAAUAGUUACUGUAACUUUAUCAAAUUACAACACCAACAUUGGUGUCACUGUGACACUUGGUUGUACUGUUGUGGCUUCCCCGUCUACCACUAAUGUAUACUGGCAACGUAAUGUUAACAAUCUACAAGUGAGUAUUGAUACAACCUCCUCCAUCUCACGAUACAGUGGUUCUACUGUCUCAAAUCCGUCACUGGUUGUUAGUAAUGCUCAACCAUCGGAUGAAGGAAACUAUAUAUGUUAUGCUACCAACAGCAUUGGAACUGGCAACAGUCAGCAGACUUAUCUCAACGUCAUUGGAAGUAUCCCUACAGUAAUUGUAGGGUCAGACUACUACCCAGUAAACUACGGAAAUACAGCAACCAUUGUAUGCAAGGUUGUUGCAACACCAACAGAAACCAGUAUAUCGUGGCAAAAAAUACAGAAUAGUGUACCAUCAACAGUAGUUAUAUCAGGGCGAUACCAGGGUGGUACCGUGUCUUCUCCUAAUUUGAUUAUCACUGAUGUGGACAAUACGGACGAGGCUUUCUACAUAUGUUAUGCUACGAACAGUGUAGGAACUGGACAAAGUUCACAGACCGACCUCGGUGUACAAGGAAGUAUAUUAACAGUCGCUGUACCACAGUCAUCCUAUAGUGUGAAUCAUGGUCAGUCAGUACAGUUGGUAUGUACUGUUUCCGGAAAUCCUGCCCUACAAAAUGUGUACUGGCAAAAGAUCGCAAAUGGCGUUCAGACAAAUAUCAGUUCUACCUAUAAAACAGACAAAUUCUCUGGAUCCACAAUAGGAACCCCAUCUCUUACAAUUUUGAAUACCGAAAGUAAUGACAUAGGCUCCUAUAUAUGUUACGCUACAAACUGUGUUGGAACUGGACAGAGUCAACAAACUCAGCUUUCUGUAGUUGCCAUUUAUUGGCAAAAAGAUGUGAACGGAGUAGCAACAAAUAUCAAUCUCCUCCAGACGAGUAAAUACUCAGGAUCUACUAUCCCAUCACCAUCUUUGACUAUUAUCAGUGCUAUUUUUGCUGAUGAAGGAUAUUACACAUGUAAUGCACAGAAUAGUGUCGGCACAGGCAUCAGUUUACAGAUAUUCCUCAGUGUAUCGGGAAGUGUUCCUGUAGUCACUGGUCUAGUAAAUAGAUACACUGUCAAUGUCGGUAACUCCAUCACAUUACAGUGUAGUGUGAAUGCCGAUCCAACAGCUACCAGUAUCACAUGGCAGCGAUACAUCAAUAAUAUAGAAACGAAUAUUAACAUGUCCAGCGGUCGGUACGGCGGAAGUUCAGUGAGUUCACCGUCAUUGGUCUUAAGUAACACUGUUAUUUCUGACGAGGGGUUCUAUAUAUGUACAGCUACUAACCGUGUUGGAUCUACGCAAAGUCCACAAAUAUUCUUAGAUGUUAUUGGAGGUAUUCCGAUUGUCACUGUUCAAUUAACUAGAUACACAGUAAACAUAGGAUCGUCAGUUACUCUGCAAUGUACUUAUACUGCUAAUCCAGCAGCUAACAGUGUUAUUUGGGAAAGAACUGUAGCAAACCAGGUCACAGCUAUACCUACAACUAACAAUAAAUAUGAUGGUUCCACCACCCAGUCACCAUCUUUGAUUAUUAAUACCGUUGACGAGUCCGAUCAGGCCUAUUAUGUUUGUAAAGUUAACAACAGUGUAGGAACGGGAAUCAGCUCUCCUAUAUUUCUGGAUGUAUUAGGCAACAUACCUGAUUUGACAAUGCCUACAACAGAAUAUACAGUACACAUUGGUGGCUCUGUUACCAUGGUAUGUACCGUGACAGCUAACCCACGACACACUAGUGUAUAUUGGAAGUAUACAUCUGGUGGUUCAUCAACCAAUGUUAACAUUGGCGGGAGGUUUAGUGGAUCAACAGUCAGUUCACCUUCCCUAAAUAUAUCAAAUGCACAGUUAUCAGACCAGGGAACAUAUGUUUGCUAUGCUGUCAACAGUGUAGGCACAGGACAUAGUAUAAAUGCUGUACUACAUGUUACUGGCAGUAUUCCUAUUGUGAGUCUAACACGGACAUCAUUUACUGGUUACUAUGGAGAUAAUAUUACACUUGGUUGUACUGUAUCCGCAAAUCCCGCUGCUACAUCAGUUUACUGGCAGAAAGUUUUCGGAAGUUCAGUUUUCACAGUAGACAGGUCUAACUCAAGAUAUACAGGAUCAUCUGUCAGUACACCACCCCUAACUAUAACUAACCUCAAUAAUAAUGAUGCUGGAAACUAUGUAUGUCUAGCAGCUAAUCCUGUUGGAAUUGGUCAAAGUAUACAAGGACCUUUAACGGUAAUUGGAAGUGUCCCUUCAGUAACAGUUGGCCAAACAACUUACUCCACAAACAUUGGGAAUAAUAUUACCUUAAUUUGUGUAGUGUCCGCCAUCCCUACACGCACUGCUGUUUACUGGACACGACAAAUUAACAAUGGUAAUAUAGUAACUCUAAACCCUGCGUCUUCAACCAAAUAUUCCGGAUCAACUUUACAGUCACCGUCACUGACUAUCUUUAAUGUAGAGUUAUCUGAUGAAGGCAAUUAUAGAUGUCAUGCAACCAAUGCUGUUGGGACAAGACAAAGCUUACAGGCAUUCUUAGAUGUAAUCGUUUAUAUCCCAAAUGUAACAGUGUCACAUGUAUCCCCUGUCGAAUUUGGAAAAUCUGUGACAAUUAACUGUACAGUAACGUCAUUACCAGCAGCUACUCAGAUAACAUGGCAGAAAAAUGUGAAUAAUGUCAACACAACUAUUGAUAUAAGAAUGAUCAGAUACAGUGGAGGAACGACAUCUAACCCGUCACUCACUAUUAAUAGUGUACAAGCAGAUAAUCAAGGACAGUACUUUUGUCAGGCUUCAAACAUCGAGGGAACAGGAACAAGUAAUGGUGUCAACUUGACUGUCAUUGGAGAUGCGCCUACAUCCAUUGUCAUUAGUCCCAGUCUAAUAACUGUAAACGAAAGCCAGACUAUAACAGCUACAUGUACAGCCGACGGUAGCCCAACGAUAACAUAUACCUGGUUUAAGGGUAAUACCAAUACACAGUUGUCUACAGGUUCUGUCCUUCAGAUAACAUCCUCAACACGGACAGAUGCUGGAACGUAUUAUUGUAGGGCUUCGAACAGCUAUGGCAAUGUUGGUGCAAAUGUUACAGUGGACAUUAGACAUAUACCAGAUGUAAAAACACAGCCACCGCAAGGCAUCGUCGGACAAUCUGUUACAAUACAGUGUUCCUACGUUUCUAACCCUGUAGCAACCAAUGUUAUAUGGACAAAAGGAAACCAAGGCAUUAUUGUUGAUGGUAAAAAAUACGUGGGCGGUAGCUUAUCCAAUCCUAGCCUUACUAUCACUAAUCUGACUGUUUCUGAUGAGGGGUCAUACACGUGUUCAGUAUCGAAUUACAUGGGACAAGGCAAUUCAUCAAUUGUCACUCUUUCCGUUGAAACAUCAUUUUCUGACCCUGCUGCUUCAUUAAAUCUUGAUUCAACACUAAGUACAGGUGAAAUAGUCACAAUCAUCUUAGCAUGUGUCUUUGUGAUACUUUUAGUCAUCGGAGUCAUUGUAUGCUGUUAUUGUCAAGAUCGAUGUAAUAUUGGAGCUACCUCAGCAAAAUCCGUACAUAUUCUAAUGAUAGCGUCUUGA